CUCUUCAACUUUGUGGGAAUGCAGAUUGACAAGCCAAUGGAAAAAACAAAACACCCUUCCUGGAAUUUUGUUAUCGAAGUUUGAAAUAAAUUAUGAUCAAAGACCGUUUUUUGAACUUACGUCAUGAGAUACAGUGAUCAAGAACUACUUACUCUCGCUUGUACACUACCAGAUGUCGAGGGAAGACUAUGGUACAGACAGCAACGACGUCGUCGAGAAAGUUACAGGGAAAGAUUGUUCCGACUGAAAUCCAACUUCCUCUUCUACUUUAGAAUCCAUGAAACAAGCAGGACAAUUGAUCCCCUUGGGGCAUUGCUAUUAGAAAGAUGUACAAUUAGGCAGGAGCCUAUGGACAAUGGCCGCUAUGUCUUCUCAUUAGAGUACCAGCAGGAGAGAGAUCACAAGCACUACUUUGCUGUUUCAUCAUUAGAAGAAUACAAAAGAUGGAUAGAUGCAAUAAAAACAUCAAGUUAUGAGAGGUUGAAAUCAACAUUCCUAAUUCUACAAAGAGAACUGGUUAGAGUUAAGGAUGUGCAGAAGCACAAGGAUGCCUCACCCAAGCCAGCAAGACGUGCUCCACCUCGACCAUCCCACCCUCCAGCUUUCAAACAACAGCCUGCUAAAAAACCCAAGGAAACCACAGAAUCACCACAAGUGAAAACAGAGGCGGACGUAGGGGGAGUCUUAGUGGAUAUUACCUGACACUAGGAGACGUUGAUUGGAAGAGUGAAUUUAACAAAAAUCAUGAAUUAUUAUAGCGCCUUGUCAAAAAAAUAUUUUUAUGAAUGCGGCAUAGUAUAUAGGAAGGGUUAUUGAAUACAUCUUAUACUGUAUGUCUUUUGCAACUCUGCUAUGUUAGGAAAUGCAUGCUUUGAAUGUCUGAAUUAUUUUAAUAGUUUGUAUUUAAUAUGAGAUUCAGAAAAAUAGUGGAACAUUGCAGAAGCUUUUCACAACUCAAAAUGUCUUUCACUGUCCUGGCCGCGUCUUAUUCUUAUGUACCACAGCGAGCCCAGAUUGAGCCCGCGAGGGAAACCUGCACAUGCGCACUCGUGAAAGAAACCAGCGCAUGUGCACAUGGAAUCCGGUAGGGUGGUUAAUAGGAUGAUAGUAAUUAUACAAAUCAACCUUUCAUCAACUCAUCGUCAGCUCCAUCGGUAAGAACGGCGUGUUACUAAUACCACUUUGGAGUUGACUUGAGGGUUCGAGUCUCAGUUUCUAUUCAGUUUUUUUUUGCCUUUAUAAUUAGUAAUGCAAAGCAAUGAAUAAUCAAAGUCUAAUUGUUUGUGACCUCUUUGCAAUUUUACGUAGCUCGUUAUGUAUGAAAAUGAGUUCAUACUGGAAUCGGGGCUCGCUUUGGUACGAAAAAAUAAGACGCGUCCUGGCCAUGUUACAACUGUAUAGACCAGUUUGAAGAAAGUACAUGUACAAUUUACCCCAAAUACCCACAGAUCUAUUACUCACAGAGAAACCCCCACUUUGUGCAUAUCUUUUGUUAGCCCCCUUGAAAAGAAUACUUCCACCGAUGCAUCACAGAAAGCACGAUCAGUGCAUAUACAUGAUUGCCUUUGCUAAAGUGAAUCACUCUUUUUUUAAAGCUUGCCGUUUUUGAUAUGCUGGCUUCAUUUAUUGUUCAAAAACUUGGCUUUAAUAAUACUUAGCAGAAUAACAAAUUAUAUAUACCCUAAAUGUAUUGAUAUUCAGGCCACAUGUAUAAAACUAUAGAGUGUGUCAAAUUCAUUUGAGCUACUUGUUCAUUCUAUUUAAUAUCCUACAUAAGAUAAAUGCUCAUGGAUGACCUUAGCAUCUCUGAUGUAUGAUUAUUUUAAAGGCAUAUUAUACAGAAGUUUGAGGCUAUAUUUUGUUUCAUGACAUACAUGCACAGACUCGAGUAUCCAAAUACAUGUAUUUUAAUUUCUAUGUGAUUUUUGUAUGAGUUCUUAAAGUAUGAUAAGAUAUAUACGAUACAAAUGCAGUGUGAUAAACAUAUACAGGUAUUUGUACAUUAAAAACUUAACUGGAAUUAUAUGCAUGCAUACAGGUAGGCUAUUCAUAAUGCUUCCAGAAUUAUAAAAUUGUAGCAAUUUGUAUAGUGAUUUAAUAUUAUAUAUUUUUUUAACACUGAGAUCUGAGUUCUGAUGAUACAUAUGCUGAUUAUACAUACAAGGAGUAUGCCAAAAGGCAUGUGAUUGGAAAAAAUCCAUUGAAUUUUCUGAGGGAGCAACAUGUGUUUGAGAGCCAAUCAUAUAACAAGGUAAUCUAACCUCGGUUGGUUGAAAUGGAUGAAAAGAGAAAAUCAGAGAAAUAGAGUAUGUCGAGGGUUUGAAUGAAAUUUGUCAAACCACAAGUUCUGAAUUUGUCAAACCACAAGUUCUGAAUUUGUAUCUGAAGUUGUUAUCAAUAUACAUAUGGGACUCCCAAAUCGCUGUAAUAGUCAUUCAACUGUGAUACUACUCACAUACCUGGUGAUACUAUGGAGGACAACUCUACCUUUUGUUACACAUCAAAUACAUGUAUCUCAAAUGUCUGGUUUGUUCCCGUGUCUUUUACCUGUGAACAGGGAGCAAAAUAUGUGCUUUGGAUGUUGUCAUAAAUCCCCCCCCCCCCAAAAAAAAAUAAAAACAAGUUUGUAAAAUAUUUGGUAAAUGAUGCUUAGUUAUUUGGUGUAUUGGGACGAAUGGCAGAGAUGUCCAACACUACAUUACAGUUACAUAACUGGCCAAUUUAAAAUGACCAUAUAAUUAUAUAUAUAGUGAUUACAACCUACAUGUACAAUUACAUGUACCUUCUUUGUAUUGUUUGCCCAAUUUUGUUCAAAAUUUCAUCAAUGCACUUCUUUGUUUAUUCUGCUUCCCAUCAUAGCAACUUGAUAGUAUAGUUGGAUCUAUCUUUGAAGAUAAAGUUGAGUUCUGGUCAUGCGAUUGCAUUGUCGAAUCGUCUAAUUGAAUGCCAUGAAUUCAUCUUAACUAAAAAAAAAAUUGCUUGGAUUUUCAAUUAGUGACAUAUGUACCCAAUGAUGAAAAAACACUUCCUAAAUGUUUGUUCAUCGUAAUUUGAUAGCAUUGAUAAAAUGAAUUCACAGUAGUUAGUUUAGGACCACUAGCAAAAUUUGUUAACAAUUUAUGCUCUUGAAAGUUCCUGCUUUUUUAGAUUAUAAAACGAACAUCAUCUUGAAAAUACAUGCACUUCUGUCAUUCAUUACAUUUAAUUAGUGUCUGGUUCUUGACAUUUGCAAUACUGAAAUUCAUCAUGUGCCUUUGUUGUGCAAAGUUUAUUUUAUCAUGUAGCAAAUAUAUUUUAACUAGUAUAUAACUAAA